GCCGUUUCAGCAUAGACCGUAGGGAGAAAGAAAGAUGGCGUUUAGAACUACCUUCUUCUUUAUUGCGCUGCUAAGCACCGCUUACUGCAAUCCCCUUGGCAACCCCCUUGGGGCAACGACGGUAUGCGAGUCAGCACCGAAUUAUGGUCCUGUACCUUCCUAUGGUGCCACCACCGUGUGUGAGACCGCGCCCAAUCUACUUCCCUACGGCCUACCAUAUGGCGGACUUGGCGGACUUAACGGACUUAACGGACUUAACGGACUUAACGGACUUAACGGACUUAAUGGAUUUAACGGACUUAACGGAUUUGGCGGGGCCACAACCGUUUGCGAGACCAGCCCUAACGUAGGCCUCGGAUUGGGAACUCUAGGCCUGGCCCUCCCUUAUGGAGGCCAGACAACGGUUUGCGAAACCGCCCCUAAUGUUUUUGGCGGUUUAGGAGGAAUAGGGUUGGGGUACCCACUUGGAUAUUUAGGAGGAUACCCAUUGGGCGGACUCGGUGGAGCCACAACUGUCUGCGAAACUGCUCCCAGUCUGUUAGGACUGGGUUACUCUAAUCUAGGUCUAGGUCUGGGAGGGUUGGGAGGACUUGGUGGGCUUGGAUACGGCUACCCGCCGCUAGCCGCUGGUGGAGCGACCACAGUCUGCGAAACCGCCCCUAACGUGCUUCCUUACCUUGGUGGGUUGUCGCCCCUUGCUGGGUUGGGAGGCCUUGGAUCUUACGGAUUGGGGUUAGGAGGCCUUGGCGGUUUAGGAAGUCUUGGCCCACUUGCAGUUGGAGGCCUGAAUUCUCUAGGCUCGUCGACUGUUUGCGAGACUGCCCCUAACGGUCUGCUAGGUGGGGCUUUGAGUCCUCUGGGCCUCGGUGGGCCUCUGAGCGGGCCUUUGGGCCUCGGUGGACCCUUGGGCAGUCCUUUGGGCCUCGGCCUGCCCUACGGCCGGGCUUUUUUAUAAAGAACCAGUCCUCCUCCGUUUCCUCUAACGUUUCCAACACCGUAAUAGGAAGAGGCACUGCACCGAUUUUUCUCAGUCGACAAUCUGACUUGAAAACCUAUAACAACGAUCACCACUGCAUGAUUGGCUUCUAAUUAUAUCUAUGGUCUCUCAUCUCUAAGCCUGGGUU